CAGUCAACAUAGCAGAGUCACAGACGGAACAAGUGUGAAAGCCCCGCGCGGUUUAUCCAACUCCUAGUCCGUAGCCCUGGCUCCCCCUCUGCCUCCUACCCUACGAGCUCCCCCUAGCUAGCUCCCCACCACCACCUCCUAUAGCCACCCAUGGCCAUCACCACCAUGUGUCGCCACCCCACCUCCACUCCCCACUUCCCACCCACUCCGCUUCCCGGCCCCCCAUUAAACGCCCGUGAGCUAGCACGCGAUCCCCUACCCACCACCGGGCGACGUGCUCCGUCUCCAUCACUCCUCCUCGACCGUUGCUCCGUGUCCGCGGAGAGGCGCUGCGUCCUCACCUGACGGCGGCCAUGAUAGGCAUCGACCUCAACACCGUGGAGGACGAGGAGGAGGGCGGUCCCUCGGCUGAGCCCCCGAGGGGCACGGUGUGCCUAGAGCUGUGGCACGCGUGCGCCGGCCCCGUGGGGCCGCUGCCUCGGAAGGGCAGCGCCGUCGUGUACCUGCCGGAGGGCCACCUCGAGCACACCCGGGAGGCGGUGGCCGCGGUGCCGCCCCAUGUGUUCUGCCGAGUUGUCGAUGUCAAUCUCCAGGCGGACCCAGCGACGGACGAGGUUUACGCGCAAGUUUCUCUCCUGGUCGACAACGAGGAAGCCAAGAGGCGGAUGCGCCAAGGGGAGAGCGAGGAAGCUUGCGACGGUGACGGCGAGGACACCGGUGCCGCGAAGCGCCGAGCUCGCAUGCCCCACAUGUUCUGCAAGACGCUCACGGCUUCCGACACCAGCACGCACGGGGGCUUCUCCGUGCCGCGCCGUGCCGCUGAGGACUGCUUCCCGCCUCUGGAUUACAACCUGCAGAGGCCGUCCCAGGAGCUUGUGGCCAAGGAUCUGCACGGCACCGAGUGGAGGUUCCGACAUAUCUAUCGAGGCCAGCCACGGAGGCACCUUUUAACCACUGGAUGGAGUGCAUUCGUCAACAAAAAGAAGCUUGUCUCUGGGGAUGCAGUGCUGUUCCUCCGAGGUGAAGAUGGAGUGCUCCAAUUGGGAGUGCGCCGAGCUGCUCAGCUAAAAAAUGUAUCCCCUUUUCCUGCACUUUUUAACCAGGAUUCAAGUCUUCGUAGUCUCGGUAAUGUUGCCCAUGCUGUGGCUAUGAAAAGUAUUUUUCACAUCUACUACAAUCCCAGGUUAUGUGAGUCUGAGUUCAUUGUACCAUAUUGGAAGUUCAUGAGAAGCUUCAGUCAACCUUUUUCUGUUGGAAUGAGGUUUAAAAUGAAAUACGAAAAUGAAGAUGCUUCAGAAAGAAGGUCAACUGGGAUGAUAACUGGGAGCAGAGAGUCAGACCUGAAGUCGCAUGGUUCGAAGUGGAAAUGUUUGGUGGUGAGAUGGGAUGAUGAUGUAGAGUGCCGUCGCCUUAAUAGGGUAUCUCCUUGGGAGAUUGAACUUGCUGGAUCGGUUUCGGGAUCUCAUCUGUCCUCUCCCCAUUCAAAACGGCUGAAGCCAUGCCUCCCCCAAGUUAAUCCAGACAUGUUGCUUCCAACCAUUUUGGCAGGUGGAAGUGUUUCUUCGGAUUUUGCGGAAUCUGCCAGAUUCCACAAGGUCUUGCAAGGUCAAGAAUUAUUGGGUUCUAAAGCCCAUGAUGGUACUGUUAAUUCAGCUUCUGAGGCUUCUCAGGCGUCUGAAGCAAGAAAUUUUCAGUACAGUGAUGAUCGGAAUUGCUCUAUCAACAUGUGUAACAUUCCAGGGGUUCCAGGACUUGGUGCUAGAACCCCGCCUGAAAACCAUGGAUUUUCCUACCACUGCUCAGGCUUUGGGGAGUCUCAAAGAUUCCAAAAGGUCUUGCAAGGUCAAGAAGUGUUUGGUCCUUAUGAAGGAGGAACUUUGUCUGAUGCUGUUAUAAGAGGUUCUAGCUUCUGUCAACCUGAUGGCAACUAUACAUCUCGUGCAACAUAUAAAUGGCUUAUGUCACAGGGAUGCGAUUAUCGUGGGCCAGUAACACCAGCAAUGCCUCAAGCAUCCUCUCCAUUAUCUGUGCUAAUGUUCCCUCAAACUAGUUCCAAGAUACAUGGCUUUGAAUACGUAUGCAGAAGCCUGGAUAAGGAUGAUAAUAUUAGACAUGUUACUAUCAACGCCACUCAAGAUAUGGGAAGAACCAGUCAUACAUUACCUCUCUGGCCUCGUCUUGUUUCAGGCAAAGCAGUAGCUAGUUGUGCUGGAACUAAAAAGUUGCCCUCCAUCGGCAGUGCAGAGCAUGAACCAAAUGACAAGGAUGUUCACACAAAUGGCUGCAAAAUCUUUGGUAUCUCUUUGACUCAGAAGGUUCGAGUAUGCGAUGAAGUGGAAUGUAGCAGUGCGAAUUGUGAUUUUUAGCUCCAGCCUUUAAAGCCACAAAUGUCAAAAUCACUAGGCAACAGUUGUGCUACUGUUCAUGAGCAAAGGCCUGCUGUUGGCAUGGUGGUUGACCUUUCUGCGGUUGAUACGAUGAUCUGAUUCGUCUAACUGUGUCCUGGGAGGAGAAGCGGGGCCUACAGCAGGAUUCAUGUUAGUGAUGUGAUACUCAAUGACGCAAAACUUCCACCUGGUUAUUUCAUCCUAUGUGCACAGUUGGCACCGAGUUCAGUAAACACAUCAUGGUUGAUGAGUUGCUGAUGCUUAUCAAAUUUGUAAUGCACUUCUAGAAUUUGAUUUGUUAUAACAUCUAUCUGAAGCUCUCUUUUGAAUCAUCAUUUAUGUUGUACGAGCUGCUAGUGUGUUUUUAAGCUGCAUGGUAUGUUAUGACUUGUUUGUACUAGCACGAUUUAAUUUCGAAGAAUAGAUGUAGUUCUUGUUUGAAUUAGCACCAUUUAUUACAAAGUACUCUAUAAUGUGUA